GGCUCCGUUGCUUGAGCGCGCUCGGACAUUGAGCCCCGAUUUAAGGCUCAGAAAAGAGAGGGCAACCUUGACGACCGCUUUGCCGUCUCUCUCGACCUCGACCUCGAUGAGCAUUGCCAGACAGCCAUGGCAGACAGUCGCUACCUCGAGGCUUGGAAGCGCAAUCAACUUCCUCCAAAAGCGGCGGUAGGAGCCAGCACGGCGAGCAAGGGUUCGUCGUACCAGGUUCGCCUCGACACGCCCGGGGGCGUCACGUACAGCCCCGACCAGCUGGGCUCACACAACCAGACGAAGCGCCUGUUCAUCCCUUAUGUGCUCGGAGAGGGCCUCACUCGAGAGGACGAUGAUCAGAACAACGAGGCGGGCACUAGAAGAGACGAGUAUAAUUUCGACGAUGACUUGAAGGUCCCCUCUCCGUCAAACGAGAGUGGCAAGCUAGCCAUUCCCACCCCAGAGAAUGGCGAUGACAAGCGACUCUCGGCUGCCCAGGCGUACGCCGCCUCGAUCGAUAUGAAUGCACCUCCGCCUACGCUUCCAGAGGCUCCGACAAAGGCGCGAGGAAAAAAAACUCUCUUUGCAAUUGACGAUGAGAUCAACGAGUACACGCCGCCGGGCGACAGCUACGAAUAUGAACCGAGCGUCUCGCAGAAGACAACAUCGGGUCUGUCGACGAUGAGCACGCGGUCGACGAAGACGGUGGACCUCAUCACGUCGUCGUCUGGAGAGCUGCCGCCGUGGUAUAUGCGCGCCUCGGCCCGGGCCAACGUCACUCCCUUGACCGUUCCUCCGAGCAAGACAGGCAAGGCCUCGGAUCACAAGACUCCGUGGGCAGCGAUGAAGUGGUACGGACAUCGAGCGCUGGAGCGCCCUUCUGCGCGAGAGAACGAGCGAGGUAUCACCGCUUUUGAAGACGUCGGCGGUCAGGGCCGCGUGCCCCGCGCCGAUGAGGCCCUUGAUAGCGACGGCAAGACGAUUCGAGCGUCAAGCACGACGGCCACGGCGGCUACUUCAUCCAAGAACCUCCGUGUGGCCGACGUCUUUGUGGUGGAUCCCAGGCCGCAGAAGCCACUGCGCAUGGUUCGACGUGUCGAUCCCCGACAGGUCCUCGUCCUCGCCUCGGGCACCUUGCUUGCACCUGCGCAGGUGGCCAGCCAGAGAGCCGCUUUGGCUGCACGAGACGCCGGAGUCGACCUGUCAACGCUCUCAAUGCAGGACCAGUCGAAGACGCAAAAGAUGAUCGCAGAGCAGAUCAGCAGCGAGGCCCAAGGUGGCAUCGGCGUCGUCUUUAGCCCCCAUGACGAACCGCUUGCUCAAGAUCUGCAAGGUAUCGACGUCGAUCCCAGGGCCGAGGUGAACCUCUGCCGAAGGCUUGAAGCAGCACCGACAUUCACACCGACGUCGCUGCGGAGAGCCCAGCUUCGAGCUGUGCUGGCUGCAGUGGAGCUGUCGCAGUGGGAAGAAGAGGGCUUUGACAAGAUCGUCGUGGGCACGGAUCAGGAGUGGAUCGUUCGUGGCAUUGUUUACGACAUCUGGCGGUGGAAGCAUACAGGCUGGAAGCUGAUUGACUUCGGUCCGCUUGGCGCACCGGGCGAGUCAGUACCGGACCGUGACCUCUGGGAGCUUCUCGACGAAGCGGUGAGGUCGUAUGAGAAGAUUGAUUGCAAUGUGCGAUUCUGGCAUAUUCACAAGGGCGACGCAAUGCUCGCUAAUCGGCUGGCCGAAAUGGGUGCGCUCAAGUCAAAGCAACGGCCGCAGAUUGUGAGGUGGAGGAGAAAGGGCUUCAACGAGGACCAUGGCAAGGAGGAGAGGGAGAAUGCCAGGAAGAGGAUGCUCGAGACUAUGAUUUCAUGACGUCGCAACCUGCCCGUGCCUGG